AUGGCUGGUGAGGACAGUUUUAUAGUGUUGGUUCACCACAGAGGAUCGAUUAAGAGGAAAACUCGUUCCAGUGUCAAGUUCACCAAUAAGAAUCCUCUUUGUAUUAUCGUGAGUUCUACGACGAGCUAUGAUGACCUUGCUAGGUCUGUACUGCUGAAACUUGGUCUGGAUGGUGUGAAAAGGGUUAAGAAGUUUUUCUAUCGCAUUCCAAUCACGGUGCUCCAAGAUAGCGUGAAGUAUGAUUGUUUCACGAUUGGGAGUGAUGAGGACUUGCAGGUCAUAUUUCUUUGUCGCCGGCAGUUUCCCGAAGUGAGGACACCGGAGCUGUUGGCAAAGCUGGUUGAUGUGGUGUCAAGCUCGGGGGGUUCGAACCGGAAUACCAACACUUUAGCGACGGUUGCCGGUUAUAGCUCAAGACCUGCCGUUGCAUCUUCCUCAGUCCCUGCGUACGAGCCACCCGCCCUGCAUGUCGCCUCCCCUUCGUUCGCUGUUGAUCUCAACGGCAUUGUUGGCGACGAGGUUGGAACAGCGAAACUUGUACCUACCUCUGUACAAUGUGCUGCACCGGCUGGGGCUGUAAAUGGAUUGUUUGAUGAUCUAGAGGAUGAUGAUGUCGAGCCGGAUAUGAUUGCUAAUGACAGUGGCGGUGAUAUUGGAGCGAGUGAGCCUGCCGGUGGGGGUCGUGGUUCUAGCUCUGGCACACAGUAG